AUGGCAGGAGCUUUGAUCGAUGUCAAUCCUAUGCCGAUCUUGAAGGACGAGCUUGAUAUUGUGAUCCCGACGAUUCGAAACCUGGACUUCUUGGAGAUGUGGAGGCCGUACUUCGAGCCCUACCACCUGGUCAUGGUCCAGGACGGUGACCCGUCGAGGACCAUCAAGGUCUCAGAUGGCUUCGACUGUGAGCCCUACAAUUGGAACGACAUCAACCGCAUUCUGGGUCUCAAAGCCUCUUGCAUUUCCUUCAAGGUUGCCAAAGAUCCAUCUGGGAAAGAGAUCAAUGCACUCGAACAACAUAUAAAGAAUCUGCUAAAUCCAUCAACUCCUCUAUUAUUCAACACUCUUUAUGAUCCAUACAGAGAAGAUGCAGACUUAUUCCGUGGAUAUCCUUUUAGUUUCCGUGGGGGUCUUGCCAAUCCUCUAGAAAGGAACACUAGGUUUGUUGAUGUAGUUCUGACCAUACCUGGGGGAACUCUAUUUCCUAUGUGUGGUAUGAACUUGGCAUUCAACCGUGAACUGAUUGGACCAGCAAUGUACUUUGGACUCAUGGGUAUUCGUGAGCCAAUUGGAAGAUAUGGUGAUAUGUGGUCUGGCUGGUGCGUGAAGGUUAUAUGCGACCAUUUGGGAUAUGGUGUCAAGACUGGUCUGCCCUACAUAUGGCACAGCAAAGCGAGUGAUCCCAUCAUUGCAUUUGUUAACCUCAGAGAGGAGUACUAUGGUUUCUUCUGGCAAGAAGAGCUGAACCCCUUCUUCCAAUCUGCAGUCCGUACAAAAGCAUGCACUACUGUUCAGAAAUGCUACAUCGAACUCUCAAAGCAAGUCAAGGAUGAGCUUGGCAGGAUUGACCCAUACUUCCUUAAGCUGGCAGAUGCCAUGGUUACUUGGGUAGGAGCUUGGGAUGAGCUUAACGUAAAAGUAUGUGCCCCAGUAAAUGCUACCUAUCCUAAUAUUCUGAUAGUUGCGUUUGGAUUGAAGCAUACUGAAGAUGUUGAAGAUGCUGGGCAUAGCCAUACUGCAAGGGAGCUCAUGGAAACCUUUUGCAUUGGAGAGCUUGACACCACUUCCUCAGCUAUCGCGGAACUUGAGAUAACCUCUAAGGAUCAAGCAGUUGAUUAUCCUAAGAAGAUCAAGGACUUGACGAAGCAAUACUGGGCUGUUCCUGUGGCCGUUGUUGGCAUCUCUGUGGUUGUUGGCUUCUUAUACUUGCGCAAGAAGUGA